AUGGGGCCGUUCUUGGUGGCCUGGGGGGUGGGGGCCGUGGUCUUGGCGGGGGGAGCGGUGGUGCCGGAGGGGGUGUUCGUGCCUGAAGGGGUGUUGGUGCCUGAGGGGGUGUUGGGGGUGUUGGUGCCUGAGGGGGUGUCAGUGCCUGAGGGGGUGUUGGUUCCUGAGGGAGUGUUGGUGCCUGAGGGGGUGUCAGUGCCUGAGGGGGUGUUGGUUCCUGAGGGGGUGUUCGUGCCCGAGGGAGUGUUCGUGCCUGAGGGAGUCGAAGUGCUAGAGGGGGUGUCGGUGCCGGAGGGGGUACCCGUUGCCGAGGGGGUAUCCGUUCCUGAGGGGGUGUCAGUGCCAGAGGGGGUGUUCGUUCCCGAGGGGGUGUUUGUUCCAGAGGGGGUGUCGGUGCCAGAGGGGGUCGAAGUGCCAGAUGGGGCGCUGGUUCCUGAGGGGGUGUUCGUUCCCGAGGGGGUCGAAGUGCUAGAGGGAGUGUUCGUUCCUGAGGGGGUGUUGGUGCCGGAGGGGGUCGAAGUGCUGGAAGGGGUGUUGGUUCCUGCGGGGGUGUCGGUGCCUGAGGGGGUCUUCGUUCCGGAGGGGGUGUUAGUGCUUGAAGGGGUGUCAGUGCUGGAAGGGGUUGAAGUGCUAGAGGGGGUGUUUGUUCCUGAGGGGGUGUUCGUCCCUGAGGGGGUGUUAGUGCCCGCGGGGGUGUUGGUUCCCGAGGGGGUGUUCGUCCCUGAGGGGGUGUUGGUGCUGGAAGGGGUUGAAGUGCUAGAGGGGGUGUUGGUUCCUGAGGGGGUGUUCGUUCCUGUGGGGGUGUCGGUGCUGGAGGGGGUUGAAGUGCUAGAGGGGGUCUUGGUUUCUGAGGGGGUGUUCGUCCCUGAGGGGGUGUCAGUGCCCGUGGGGGUGUUUGUUCCUGAGGGGCUGUUCGUUCCCGAGGGGGUGUUCGUCCCUGAGGGGGUGUCGGUGGCAGUGGGAGUCGAAGUCGGGGCGUUCGUGGGCUCCCCCCCGGGAGUCGACGGUACGCUGUUCAAGGGGGCGGGGGCGCCUGUGGGGGAGCCGGAAGGAGCCGCGCUGGGACCCCCCGGGGCGGGGGCGGGGCCGUUGCUCGCCAUUGUGGGGGGAAGGGCGUAUCCGGGCAUGGAGAAUGGCGCGGGGCCGUCAGCGGGGGUGUGGGUAUUGUUGGCAUCCAGGCACGGCUGGGGGCGGUCGGUGCCGACGGGCGACGGGGCAACAGCUGGCGCGUUCCCGGGGCUGCCAGCUGGCACGUCGGUGGGGCUGCCGCUUGGCGUGUCAGUGGGGGUGCCAGUUGGCGCGUCGGUGGGGCUGCCAGUUGGCGCGUCGGUGGGGCUGCCGCUUGGCGCGUUGGUGGGGCUGCCAGAUGGCGCGCUGCCGGGGGCUUCGCCGGGGGUGUCGACGGGGGAGACGACGCCCUUGGUGGGGCGGGGGGGAGGGGGGUUGGGGACGCGGGUCGGGGGCUGGUAG